UAUACCCAGGACAUCGCCCUGAAGCAUGGACUUGGUUCAAGUGAAAAUGUUUGCACUCACAGGGUCUGAAACUGCCUAUCACCUGCGCUAUUGUAACUCAACAAGAACGCCGCCCCGUGUCCCUAGAUGGAGCUGGCUACGGCCUCGGCUGCGCGCUGUGGGAUGCAGCGGUUGCAGGAGCGGAUGAAGGAGAGUGGAGCACCGCUGUGGCGCGCUUUCGGGCCGCCCUCGCAGUUGCAGAAGGCCCAGUGGCCAUCUCUGUAGCACAAGCAUCUGACAUACAGUUUACGGCGGCAAGGAGCAUGCAGCCGCACACGACAUGCUGGCGCAGUGCCUCAUGUCCAUGGAUAUGGAGCCGGCGGCACGUGAUUCGGCCCCGGCAGGGGCGGCAGAUGGGGGCGGCGGCGAAGAGGCGCUGUGGCAGGCGGCGCUUAACCACGCGUCCAAGUCGACGUCGACACGACCCGACUGGCCGCCUGCGCUGCUAACCUACGGCCGCUGCCUGCGCAAUGUGGGGCUGUCGGACGAGGCUCUGAGAGCGCUCAACAACGCGGCAGAGUGGGUGCAGCCGGAUGGACUGGGGCGUCCGCAGGGCGGUCGCUGCACGCACGCGCCACGUCCGCAGUGGCCGCCUGGCAGCCCCAAUGGCCACGUGCACGCCUGUCCGGCCGACGCUUCGUCACGGCCUCCUGUAGAUUGGGAUGUAGAGGUUGAGGCUGAGGUGCGCGAAGAGCUGCAGGAGGUGCGGCAGCUGUGGGCGCAGCGGCUGGCGCGGCAGGUUGGCCUGCCAGGCCUGAGGCUGAUGCAGGACGAAGGUACUCUUGGUGGGGGCCAGGCCGCCAGGGCAGCGAGUUUGGGAGUACCGUGUGCUCCUGGCGGCAUACCUGGUGGAUAGUGGCCGCCGCCGCCCUGCCUGCGGCAUGGGUUUGGACAGCAGCCGCGACGAUGGUGACCCACCAGCGGUGCAGGUAGCAGCCCCGGCGUGUGCAGCAAACUGUGUGGUGGCGCGGCCCGGUGAUCAAGUGCUGCCGUCGGCGUGGGGGUAGGCUGCCAGGCAUCACAGCUGUAAUGGCGCGCAGCGCACGUUCUGUGCUGAUCGCUCUGCCGGCAGUGCUGCCGGCCGCCACCGCCUGCGCCGCCGCAAACGUGCAGCUGGACUGGGAGCAUGCGGGUGGCUGGGCGCACCGUGCUGCCGCGGAGUGGCUGAGGUGCGGUGGCGUCGAAUAGGGCCGUAGAUUGCAGUGAUUGCAAGAGGGACCUGCUGACGCAGUUCACGAGCCAGUGACGUGGAAAAGGCCGUAGUUGGGCGGAGGGGUGCGGUAAGCAGGAGCAGGCGGUGGGCACUGCCGGACGUGGUGGCGACAGCUGCGCAGAUGCAUAGAAGUGGUGCUGUGCAGAUCCGCAAUGCGCAUGGGUGCUCGGGAUGGACGUGGACGGGUGUGAUCGGCUGCGUUGUUACGUUACUGCAAGACUGCAGACUGGCGCUUGGCACUGCCAAUGCUACGGAUGGGGUUACCGCACUAUGUUGGUGCGUUGGCAGAUUAAGAUGCUCUGAAAUGCGAAUUACAUAUGGGCUGGUGCAAGGUGCAAUGCUGCGACCUGACGAGUGAUGGCAUGAAGGUGUCAGCUGCAUCCUGGAUACCGGUACCGUCUCCUAACGUGUCGAGUGCGGUAUCCAACACUGAUGUUGUGCAAUAUCCGUGUAAGGGCUGUCCGCA